UCUUGAUGAAUUUGUAAUCGUUUCAUUUUAUUUUUAAUUUGUUUUAAUUGUUUCACUUGUGAUUAUCGACAAUCUAUUCUUUUAAUUACACGAGUGGUUUAUAUUAUUCACCGAGUGAAGGUUCGUUUAAAUUGUGAUUUAAAUAUUUCCUUUUGUUUCCCUUUGAUGUGUUGCAGUUUUUGUGUAUUUCCUUAUCUAUAAAACUAUCAUCUAAAUGCAAUUUAAGUGGCCUAGUGAAUUAAGUAAUUAGCUUGUUUAUAAUUUGAUUACUGUUUUAACUAAUUUAUUAUUGUGUAUCAACAUGGAACAUGAUUCUAGUAAUCAAUAUCAUGAACAGCAACAGCAACAACAUUUUCACCAUCUUCAUCAGCAACAAUUGUUACAACAACAAGGACAACAACCGCAACAUCAUCAUCAUCAACAACAACAACAACAUCAGCUUCAUUCACCACCAUCAUCACAGCAACAAGAUCAACAACAGCAACAUCAACAAGAUCUUCAAUCAAUAAAUCAAGAAUAUUUGGAUAAAAGUUUGAUUGAAGAACAGGAUAUUUAUGAGAAAGCUACUCUUGAAAGUCAGAUUAGAUAUGGAGGUGGAGGCCCACCCAUGGAAUCGGUUCCAACAAUUCCUCAAUUAAGACAUUGGAGUGAAGUUGUUUAUGAAUCAAAAGAUGUUAGAAUUGAAGAGUGGAGUAUUGCUGGUGGAUCAGAUUAUGGUCAGUUGCCUUAUUUUAUGGAUUCUGGUGAUAUUUUAUUAGAAGUUAAUGGUUAUCGAGUUGCCGGUUUAACAAGAAAUGAUGUCAUUUACCUGAUUCACAAUAAACCUUUGGUUGAUAUUAAAGCUGUUUCUUCGAGCUCUUCCUUUGGUCUUCCAAUUGAUCUUAGAGAAUAUCUUUCUCGUCAAUUUGCUCGUGGAUCAGUUGACCAUGAUCUACAAAUUACUAUUCGAGAUAAUGUCUACAUGAAGACCAUCCCAUGUACUACCAGAUUACCCAGAUCAGAUGAGAUUGAUGGAGUUGAUUAUAAGUUCAUUUCUACUGAAGAAUUCAUGGAAAUGGAGAGAAGUGGAGUUCUUUUGGAAAGCGGUAUUUUCAUGGGUCGUCACUAUGGUACACCUUUACCUUUAUCAAAUUCCGAUAAUUCAAUUGUUCCCAUGCACCCAAAUGACUCUAAUUCAACUUAUGAGAACAAAGAAAUGUUAAAUAGAAAUGUUUCUUACAUCAAUUCACAAGGAGCUAAUCCAGAUGAUCCUAAUUCGGAUUCAAAUGAGAAUAAACAAAAUCAUCCAGACGGUAACAGUAACGGUGAAUCUGUGAAUGGACCCGGUGUUACGGCUAAUCAAUUUUCAGCCAAUUUAGCUGCUAAAAGAAGGCGAAAUCGUAGUAAUAUUGCUGCCAUUGAUGCGAGCUCUUUACCUCAUGGAUGGGAGAAAAUCAGUGAUGCUCAUUAUGGUGUUUACUAUAUUGACCAUAUCAAUAAGAGAACUCAAUAUGAGCGACCUUAUGAGAUUGAAUUGACCAAAGGUGAAAAUGGUUUUGGGUUUACUUUGAUUGAACUUGACAAAGGUCUUGUUGUUGUUAAAAAUAUUGUGCCAAGAGGACCCGCUGACCAGAGUGGAGUAAUUCAGCCUGGUGAUGUCCUAGUCUCUGUGUCCGGUGUUUCUGUUUCAGGUCUUCAACAUUCAGAGAUUGCUCGUCUCUUUGGUACCUUUGUAGUUGGUGAUCGGGUUAAAUUAACCUUUGCUCGUGGUUACCAAUUACCACCAGAAUUUACAAUGGAAGAGGAUAAAGAGUAUGAAUUUAUUAACAUCUCAUUAACCAAAGGAUCAGAUGGUUUUGGUUUUACCAUAUCAGACAGUGACAAGGGACAAAAGGUGAAGAAAAUUCUUGAUACCGAGCGAUGUGGUCCACUUCGAGUUGGUGAUAUUCUGGUUACCGUUAACAAUACAGAUUUAUCUAGUUUACCUCAUGUAAAAGUGGUCGAAGCAUUGAAACAAUGUUCCAUUGGUGAGACUUCAUCGAUGACAGUUAAACGUAAGAAAAAGUUCAGAAGUAAAACGCCUUUGACUCUGCACCCUUCGAACACUUUUUGUGAGAAAGAGGUCACUACUCCUCAGCGUAAUUGUAAGACACCUAAUUGUGAGAUGAUGUUGCGACGAGAUUUUGAGUGGAUGACCGCCGAAGAUCAGUUGAAUCAACAACAUCAACAACAUCAACAACAACAACAACAACAACAACAACAGGCUGUGAAUGGACUUUACCAAACACCUCAAAGUCUGAGUUUAAUUAACAACAAUGCUUACGAAACCGGUGGUUACUGUCAAUCAAAUAAUUAUUCACCCAAUAGUUUAAUGGUAAACAAUCAAAAAGCCACACCAAGUCCAUCUUCCAAUGUGGGUCUUAAUGGAGUCCCUCAUUAUCUUCCUCAACAACCUCAUCCCCAUCUUCAACACACCAGCAGCUCAAUGUAUAAUAUGGUUGGGAUAUCACAACAAAAUGGUGCCGGUUUGAUGUCAAUGCCAUCACAGCUCAAUAUGGAUCCUUAUGGUCUUACUGAACUGACCAGUGAUGGUCUGGUUGCCAAUAGUCUGGUUGUCAACAAUCCUCCUCCUCCCCCACCUCAUCCUCAUUUUACACAUAUGAUUCAAAAUGGCGAUGAACUGGGAACAGGGGAAGAGUAUCUUGCUCAUAAUAGAUUUCCGGAUGAAGAUGAUUACGAGUACUUUGUGGUAACCCUUACCAGAGGGGAAGCUGGUUUCGGAUUUCGUAUUGUCGGUGGGGCAGAAGAAGGGAGAAACAUUUCCGUUGGGUCAAUAGUGAUCGGUGGGGUGGCUCAUAAAGAUGGUAUACUUAAGGCUGGAGAUGAAAUUCUGUCAAUCAAUGCAAGAGACAUUACCGGAGCCUCUCAUCACACUGUAGUUAACUUAAUGUCUUCCUGUGAUAAUACAGUUUCAUUGUUAGUUCGACGAAAGAAAAACUCUGAUGCUUAUGAUGUUGUUUUACAACGUGAAGCAACUGAAGACUUUGGUUUUGUAAUAAUCUCUUAUGGUAAUUGUGCCUUGAUUGGUCGGAUUAUUGAAGCAAGUCCAGCUCAUCGUUGUGGUCGCCUUCGAAUUCGUGAUAAGAUAAUCAUGGUUAACGGUCAUGACAUUCGUAACACCUCUCACCCGGAAGUAGUUAACAUGAUUAAAGAAUCGGGUCACACUUUGUGUCUACGUAUUAUCCCAGCAGAUAGUUACUCAGUUGAGCUCAUUCGUGGUCCAAAAGGUUUCGGUUUCUCGAUUCGUGGUGGAGCCGAAUUCAAUGGUAUGCCUUUGUUUAUCUUGAGAAUUGCACCCGAUGGAUCAGCUCAUUCAUUACUCAAUGUUGGUGAUGAAAUCAUUGAGAUCAAUGGUAUUUCCACUGUUAAAAUGACUCAUGCAGAAGCGGUUCAAGUUAUUCACCAAAGCGGUGCUCAAGUUAAACUCAAGCUUCGUCGUAAUGCCAACCCGAAUGUUGUUCCUCCACCAGCUUAUGAUGGUACCAAUUAUCCUCAAGCAAUAAUGUACAACCACAACCAUUCAUACCCAUCGUACUCUGCUCCAGCUUUGAUGCAACAAUUUCAAUCUAUGCAUCUUAAUUCAUCUUAAAUCUAAAUAAUCUCAACGUCAACUUAAUAGUUUAUCCCUAAAUCUCAACUCAGUAUAAAGAAAUAACUUCCAACGAUUAAGAAAGGGCAGAAAUUAAAUAUUUGUUAAAGUUUUCUUCGAAACUCUUUGAGAAAAUCUUGAAGACAAGAGAGGAAAAACUCAUCAAACUAAAUCAACAACAAACCACAAUUAACGAUGCCAUUAUUUUUAUUGAUCUUCAUGUAAUCUUUUAAUUUCUCAUCUCUCCAAGAAGCAAAUCUCUCUGUCCAGUAUUUUCCAAAGUUAACUCUGUACUUUUAUCACAUCAUCUGAACUUUGAUUAUUUGCCAAUAAUUAGCGAUUCCUCUCUUGAUUGAGUAAACAUUUCCUCAACGUUUACGUUUCUGGAGGCUUGUAACUGGAAAUGGUUUCUCUUUAAAACUUUACAAUCAACAAGAAAACAACAUUGUUUACUAAUUAACUUUACCAAUUACGGCAAUUUGGAGAUACUUGGUUCUUUUCAAUUUCUUCAAAAAACUUUUCUACUCUUCACUGAAACUCUCAGUCUCUUCCUCAUCUUCCAUUAACUAAUCAUCAUCUUCAACGAGCAACUACAACUUUUAAAUUAAUCAAAUCACCAUGGUUAAUGUUUCCAUGCUUUUACAAUUUUCUUAUCAUGUAGAGUCUCAACUCCAAUCAACCUUUUUUUUUUGGAAUCUCUUAUUUCUGGAAUCGCUGUUCAUAUCCCUCAAGUUCACUAAUUAUAUCAUGAACAUCGAGUUCAAUCGUUAGCAUUUAACAUCAGCAUGAAACCACCGUCGUCGUCGUCAUUAACUCAGACCUGUCAAGAUUUUCUAGUCAACAAAUGGAUUAAUCUCAUAAAAUCAGCGUAUUUCCUGAUAGUUGAUCGUCUAUUUUAUUGCUACUCACACUCACUAAUCAUCACCCUAAAUCUCUGAUCAUUUUAAUUUCUCAUCAACUCUCAACAACACCAACAACGCAUCAAACAUCAUCAAUUGGAUUAAAUCUCACUCACCUUUAGAGUUGCACAAUGAUUACACCAUCGCCUUAAUAUUAUUAUUUUCAUGGUGAUCAGAUGACAAUCUAAACCAAUAACACGAAAAGACAAAGACUUAACAAGCUUAAUUUAACCAAAUGGAAAAGAAAACAUUGGAAAAAACGACUUGAUUAAUUCAUUCAUUGAUUGCUAAUUAAUGUUACUAUUACUAAUCACUAUUAUUGGUACUUAUGGCGAUUUCAAUCAUGCAAAGAAUUUCGGGUUUUCUUCAAUUUUCUCAUCACCUCCCAUCUCUUUGCUUAAUUCAUCAAUGAAACAAUUAUUAUCACUAUUAACUAUUAUUAACUAAACUAUUAUUACAAUACUAUGAUUAUUAUUAUUAUUAUUACUAUUGCAGUUACAUAUAAUUAUUAACAACCCGGUAUUAGUUUGUAAUGUGAGCUUACCAACUCUUAACAAUGUGUAAAACCUGUAAAACAUAAAUGUAAACACUAACUAACUAAUUAACUAACAGAAUGUUAAUCAACUCUUUUUAAGCCACGAUCAACAUGACAACAAAAAAAUAAUCUUAAUAAUUCAACAUAAAAAAGGAAAUUGAUGUUAACCUUUCCCCCAUUUUCUUGUGGCUUCUCAGCUUUUAUUUUCAUAAAUAAAUAUAAUCAUUGAUAUUCCGACUAAUUACAAUUAAAGAAACAACAAAAAUAA